CCCGCAUAUAUAAAAGGCGAUCGCAGCGGCAGAAUAAGACAACCGAACCGUAUUUUGACUAAUCUAGAUUGUUAGAUUUAAUAGAAUCCCUCUGGUGACAGUCAAACACAUGCUGCAUUCGCGGGGAGAACGGAGGGUAGCAAAGCAAGGCAAUUUUGGUUGUCAGUAGUUCCACGAUAUCUUGAUCUUAGUUACUUGUUACUUCAUAACGAUCGAGAGUGCAGCAGAACGGCGCAAUUACGAAGCGGCGCUGCGACUUAAAUUGUGUUGAACGGUCCGUAUUUUGUACCGAGAAAAUAACAGUGAACAACUGGUGAUUCACUCUCAUAUUUCUUCGCAGAAAUUUUGGUUGAAACAUUGUCAUGUCGUUAUUCGCUACAGCAUCGCGCAAAUUGCCAAGUACUUUACUGCGCAUAAGAUCUGGUAGCACUCCAGCUGUAUUUUACCAUGAAAAGGUUCUAGAUCAUUACGAAAAUCCUCGCAAUGUGGGGUCACUUGACAAGAAUGAUCGUCGAGUGGGAACAGGAUUAGUUGGUGCCCCAGCUUGUGGUGAUGUAAUGAAAUUACAAAUAAAGGUGGAUGACGAUGGUAAAAUUAUUGAUGCCAAAUUCAAGACCUUCGGCUGUGGCUCAGCUAUUGCAUCUAGCUCUUUGGCAACUGAGUGGGUGAAAGGAAAGACGGUUGAUGAAGCUCUGAAAUUGAAGAAUACUGAUAUUGCUAAGGAAUUGUCACUUCCACCUGUGAAACUUCAUUGCUCUAUGCUUGCAGAAGAUGCCAUUAAAGCAGCAUUAUCAGAUUACAAAAUUAAGCAGGAGUCCAUUAAUGAAGAAAAGGCUAAAUCUACAUAAUCAUAAAAUCUUACAUUUGAAUUUUAGAAGACUGCAGAUUUACUUCAAAACUAUAUUUUAGAGUAAACUUGAUCCCAUCUCCCAGAUUUGAGAUUAAAUAGAAAAUCAGAAGCUUGUUUUAUUUUCUAUUCUUAAAUUUGCUUUUGAAGAAAACAAUUUUUUCUGAAAAACUUUGUCAGAUUAGUUCAAAUUUAUAUAUUUUUUAAAAAGAGUAAUAGUGGGAUUAAAGAUCAUCAGCAAAUAUUGCAUAUCAGUAUCGUUAAAUAUUGUUGCUUGAAAUUUAUUGUGAGGAAAAUAAAGUUAUUAGUUUAUUUUGUUGCAGAAUUCUCCCAAUGUGUUCUCAUUCUGUUUCACUCAUUGGUAGAGUUGGCCCCUCUAUGAAUAGUAAUGUAAAUAUUUGUUUCUUAAUUAAGUGAAUCACAAUGUUUUAAAUUAUGAGCAGGAUUGGAAGACUAGGCUAUUUUUAAGUGGUCUCAUAGAAGCUUAGGGGCACUUAAGAUAUAAAGCUGGCCCUAAUUGCAAGAGUAGAAAUCUCUUGAUUUGAAAAUGAAUAGUUCCCAGUGUUAUUUUCUUCUUUGUAAAUAAAUUCUAUGGGAAUAUUAGUAGUUUCCAGUGUUAUUUUCAUUGUAAAUAAAUUACAUUUGAAAUGCUUCCUUGUGCAUUUUUUCUAUAAAAUUGCUAUGGAUUUAUUUUUCUCCUAAACUAUAAAUAGGUGAUCUUGCUGGUUUGAUGCUGCACUAUCAUGGU